UGGGGCAGAUUUGGGGUUUUUGGGCGGAUUUUGGGGGGAAUUUUUGGGAAGCCACGCCCACCUGGGCGGGCCCUUGCCUGACCUCAGCCUCCUAUUGGCUGCCUCCACUUUGAGUGACAUCUCAGCUCGUUGGCCACGCCCCCUGCGUGCGGCCGGCGGUUAUUGGCUCCCCCUCGCGAAGAAACAGCCAACAGGAGAAGAGACUCGCGCGUGGCGCCGCCCCUCGCGACAUGGCUCGGCCAAUCAGCGAAGGCGGCGCCCACUCCCGCCACGCUCUGAGUGACGGCGUUUCUGACCAAUGAGAAGGAGCCUUGUACGCCUUAUGGGCGUAGCUUUGGCCGCAUCCCGCCCCUUUUCCUCUAUAAACACAGCGCCGCCAACGGGAGUGCAACGGUGCGUUGAUUGACAGCCCUGUGAGGAGGCGGGACAGCGCCACAUUUCGUCCCGCCCUCCUCUGAUCUUACCCAAUCACCGUGCGCCUUUCGCUGACGGGCGUGCGAUUCUGCCAAUGGGGCUCGCCGCGGGGCGGGGCGCGCGGACGGGGCGGGGCGGCAAGCCUGAGGGAGCCGCCGCCAUCUUGGAUGCCGCUGAGGCCGAGUCGGCGCUGAACGAACGAAGGGGGGGCGGGGGAAAAAGCGGCGGCGGCGGCGACCCCCGCCUAUCGCGGCACUAUCGCGACAUCGCCGCCGCACUAUCGCGACAUUAUCGCCAUUCCCCGGCCGGCCGGGAGCGCCUGGGCCGCCUCGCGAGCCUCCGCAGGCGCCCCCCGAGGGGAUGCCGAGAGCCCCCCAAGAUGGCUGACAAGAGGAAGCUGCAAGGUGAGAUUGACAGGUGCCUCAAGAAGGUGUCGGAGGGGGUGGAGCAGUUCGAGGACAUCUGGCAGAAGCUCCACAACGCGGCCAACGCCAACCAGAAGGAGAAGUACGAGGCCGACCUGAAAAAGGAAAUCAAGAAACUGCAGCGGCUGCGGGACCAGAUCAAGACAUGGGUGGCAUCAACGAGAUUUUGG